GUAUUAACAUGAUUCCUGUGUUAUCAAACAGUUCAGUGAGCAUGAGGGACCCCAAGAGGGUGGAGCAGAUAUUAACAUCCAUGAGAAAUGCUGGAGCUAGCACACUUCAGGUAAUCUCAGAUUUUGAUAUGACUCUCACCAGGUUCGCGCCUGGCAAUGGCAAACGCUGCCCUACAUCCCAUAAUAUUCUGGACAACAGCAAACUGAUCAGUGAAGACUGCAAAGCCAAGCUAAAGAAUCUUCUGGACUACUACCCUAUAGAGAUCGAUUACCGCUCAGUGGAAGAGAAGUUACCACUCAUGGUUGAAUGGUGGACUAAAGCUCAUGAGCUUCUUGUGCAGCAGAAGAUCAUUAAGGAUCGCUUGGCACUAGUUGUGAGAGAGUCUGAAGCCAAGCUGAGGGAUGGCUACCAGCAGUUCUUUGAUCAUCUCCAUCAGUUGUCUGUUCCUCUGCUGAUCUUCUCUGCUGGAAUUGGGGAUGUGUUAGAGGAAGUGAUCAGACAAGCUGGAGUGUUCCAUCCUAAUGUUAAAGUCUUCUCCAAUUACAUGGACUUUGACGAGUCUGGUGUUUUGCGGGCAUUUAAAGGAGAGCUGAUUCACAUCUACAACAAACGGGAAGGAGCUCUACUCAAUACUGAACACUUCAAGGAACUCCAGAGCCGAUCUAAUGUCCUCCUGCUUGGAGAUUCUCUUGGGGAUCUCAACAUGGCUGAUGGAGUCAUGGACUUACAAAACAUCCUGAAGAUCGGAUAUCUCAAUGAUAAGGUGGAUGAGAGGAGACAGUCAUACUUAGACUCCUAUGAUAUUAUUCUGGAGAAAGAUGAAACCAUGGAUGUUCCUAAUGCCAUCUUACAAUACAUUACAGGACAAUGAACAUAGACCUAAGAUCUCCAAGAUAAGGAUGGACUCAGUGAUUUUAUUUUCUGUGUGUUGGAAUAUUAUUCUGUUGUUUUUCUUCUACAUGAUCUGGAUUGUCUGUAUUGUUCCAUCUGCGCACAGUUGAGAAGGACCUCAAAGACACCAACUUGUUAUCUCCAAUUUAGAUAGCGUCGUUAAUCAGGGAUUAUGGUUUUACACAUCUUUCUCUCACUGAAGGUCAAAAAAUAAAUACGUUUUUUUUAA